ACUUUAAAACGACCUUUUCAUAUUUUUGUUUAUUUGUUUAUUGAAUAUAUAUGUUAGAAUAUACGAGUUCAUUAUUGGCAUAUUAACAAGUCAGAUAUUUAGUGCACCCCUGUGCAAAGCUUUGACGACGCCUACAAAAGUUAAGUAAAAAAAUGGAGUUAAAUUACAAAUAUUGUCGGUGAAAUGAUAAUUGAAUGUGUAUUGGAGAUUUAUUGAUUAAUUGUGUGAUUUAUUUAUUUGAUGUACAUUUAUUUAUCACAUACUAGGUGAAGAUCUUUAAAACCCGGUGACGAAAUUUCUAUUACGAAUUUGGACUUUAAGUUUUGGAUUAAAGUAGAUUAAUCUGCAUUUGUUUGGAUUAAUUUCCAUAUGGGUGUGUAUAUUUGAUAUAAUACGACUCAGACAUUGAAAAGUAUACUUUACGUAAGAUUUUAUAAUUUGAAAAUAUAAGAAUUUUAUGAAAUAAUUUUAACGUGAUGGGAUCCGGUUCUAGCAAAGAGAAGUCAAACGAUGUGCGGAUAACUUUAAAAAACACAGACAAGAAAUCGGACGCAUUGUCUCCGAAGUCACAAGUGAAUUCAAAUAGCGCAGUCAAAAGUGAAAAUAUCAAGAAUUCAAAAAACAAGUUUUCAGAAAAACAAUUAAACGGAAAUACGAACAAGUUAGCUCGAAUUGAAAAUAAUAAUAAGACAAAUUCCAGGAUUCCUCAACCUUUCGAUGACAGUAGCGAUGAUGAUGCUGCUGAUUUGUUGAAAGAUGAAUGGAGAAGUAAAAAAAAUUCUACUGGAAAUAAAAAUACGAACAUUAAUUCAAAUGGCAAAGUGAAAACAUGGCAACCGCCCGAGCCUCCAAAAGGGGACUAUCCCGAAACGUAUGCUCAAAAGUUGCAAAGAGAGCAAUAUACACAACAACAGCUUUUACGACAAAAGACAAUUUACAGAAAUCCAGAUGAAUGGGAAAUAGAUCAGCAUACAAAAUCUCCGAACGGAUCACUAUGGAACGUUUCUCAGCAAAGUUUCGAUGUAUCUAAAUUCAAAGAGGUUAACAAAACGAUGCCAAAAACUGAUAUUUUUGGACCCGUAUCAAAUAAUGAUUACUCGUUUGGCAAUCACAUGGACGACGACACUCACUACAAAACAACGAAUUACAACAGAAAAAAAUCCAUUCCAAGAUACGAUGUAACCGAGGAAGAACUAAUGAACGAUAUUGAAACGCACUAUUACUAAACCAACCGGAAAUGACUCCAUGUUUAUAUAACAGAAAAUGACUCAAUGUUUACAUAACAAGAAUGACUCCAUGUUUAUAUAACAGGAAAUGACUCUAGUUUAUAUAACAGGAAAUGACUCAAUGUUUUAUGAUAUAACAGGAAAUGACUCCAUGUUUACAUUUCUAUGAUAUAUUCCCUAUGGAUAUUGUAGAUCACGAUAUAUAUUUUUGUAUUAUUAUCAAAAUAGUAUACUUAUGAACGACUGCAAUAUCAGCAUGAUGUUAAAUUAAUACAAUGGUUAUUUAUAGCUAUAAGGAAUAUAUCAUACAAACCACUGAGGCCGUUCGAAAAAGGGGUUAAACAUACGAUAUAUACUAUGGUUUGACUUUAUGAGAACCCGAGAAACAAGCUGUUAGUUAAUGUUAUGUUUAUGUAAGACAUUUUACAAAGCUUCCAUAAUGCAAUAGUAGAAUUUUUCUGAAAAAUUGAAAAUUCAAAUUGACCCUUAAUACAUAAUUUUGAACUAGGGCACUUGGCAGUGCUAUAAAUGUAAGCUGUGUAAAGAUAGAGGUUUCAUUUGAAGUUCCUAAGCAUAAACUGCCUCCUCAUCCUCCUCCUAUUUUUAUUUUAUUAUUACACUUUCAUCACAAAAAUAUCUAAAGUGAUUAUAUCUAUCGAUAUAAUUAUAUGUUUUUAUGAUUAUAACAUGACAAUUUUUAAGAAUUUGGAAAAAGAAAGAAGCAGUCAGAUGUGAAAUUUAAUUGGAAAUGAAACAAUGACUGGAGAACUUUUAAAGUAGUAAUGACUAUUUUGUGAUGGUGAGCUUUUGUUAAAACACAUUCCUGAUAUUAUAGAUAUAGUAAAGUAAGCAAUUGACGUAGUGACGACACUCGUCUAAACUCGGCCGAUUCCGUUCCUCCAGAAGGAGAGUACCGGAUUCACCCGAGGAUUGCCGAUUGGUAGUGACGAUGGAAUAAAUCUGUGAUAAUUUAUACUUGCCAAAGGAGGUUGAUAUUAGAGAAAAACAUAUUAAGUUAUUUAUUAUACAUCGGAUAUAUUUGUUAAUAAAAUAUUAUAUUUGA